AUGCCCCGUACCCUUGGCCGUGCCAGGUCAAGGAUACACUCCCUUCCUACCUUCCUCCCCGUGCGUGGGCUGUGUACGAGGGAGGUGCGUGCUGCGCUGCGCCAUCGUUGGCUAACUCAACAGUCACCGCUUCCCAGGGAUCAUGAGUCCUACCACUUCCCGGCUAAUGCUGGUGUUGCUCAUCAUCAGCCAAUGCUCUCGAAUCGCGCAGGAAAAAGCAUUCGACACCGAGACAGAUGUUGAAGAAAGAAUUGGCGAGAUAAGUGCACAUACUAAAAAUGAUGACAACUCAACUUUAAUAUCUUCACCAGAUAAUGAAUCUUUGCCUGCUUGGACCUGGAAACUGCUUUGGAUUAUGUCGGCCUGUAUGCUUUGCUGCUUUUGCUGCUGGCCGCGAACUCUUGCUCAAAAAUUUUGUUCCCCUUUCUUUUAUAUCAAUAACUACAGAACUUCCAUUUGGAUUGGGGGGGUGAUGGAACAAAAGAAAAAUGACCGAAGUUUAAAUUAUUUAUAAAAAAGAUGUGUGAACAUUAACAUCAUCAAUAUACUUAUUGUAAAAGGAACAAUAUAAUACUGUAUACUUGAGAAUAAAUUUAUAUACAUGUUUAUAUA